AAAGCUCAUUGAGUGUUUGUCUAGUUCAACGAAUCAUCCACCGGUGAAAACUUGUUAACCUGCCGGUACCGGACAGCAAGGGAACACCGUUCAGAAGCAGUCAGCAGCGUCGGUAACCGCAACGGAGACAUUCGGAACAUGAAACUGUUUUAGAGGGACCGGUAACUUUGGUGUAGCUGCGCUGAUGGAGAUGCUUUGAGGGUCACAGUGGGAAAGUCCUCACCCUUCCUCCCCCUGAAGGCUGCACAGAUGUUUUCGCUUGGUCAGGAUAACAUCUCCACCUCCCCUGCUUCCACCAAAGGACCAGUCAAAUAUGGAGAGCUCAUUGUGUUGGGGUGUAAUGGCUCUCUGCCCAAUGGUGACAAAGGGAGGCGGAAAAGUCGCUUCGCUCUGUGUCGCAGAAACAAGGCCAACGGUGUGAAACCCAGCACUGUCCACUCAUCCUGCACACCUCAGGCUGCCAAGGCGAUAAGCAACAAGGAGCAGCACAGCAUUUCAUACACUCUGUCCCGGGCACAGACAGUGGUAGUGGAGUACACCCACGACAGCAACACAGACAUGUUUCAGAUUGGUCGUUCUACAGAGAAUCCCAUUGACUUUGUGGUGACAGACACGGUGCCGGGUGGUCAGAGUCAUGCUGACGGACAGACUGUUCAGAGCACCAUCUCCCGCUUCGCCUGCCGCAUCAUCUGCCAAAGAAACCCACCUUACUCUGCAAGGAUCUACGCCGCAGGCUUCGACUCCUCCAAGAACAUCUUCCUCGGGGAGAAGGCAGCCAAGUGGAGGAUGCGGGACGGCCAGAUGGACGGACUGACCACCAACGGCGUUCUGGUGAUGCACCCACGCCACGGCUUCAGCCAGGACUCUAAACCUGGACUGUGGAGGGAAAUCUCAGUCUGCGGCAACGUCUUCACGCUGCGGGAAACCAGAUCAUCUCAGCAGAGGGGCAAAAUGGUGGACUCUGAGUGUAACGAGCUGGUGGACGGCUCGCUCAUCGACCUGUGCGGUGCCACCCUGCUGUGGCGGACGGCCGAGGGCCUAGCGCACACACCCACCGUCAAACACCUGGAGGCUCUGCGGCAGGAGCUGAACGCCGGGCGACCGCAGUGUCCCGUGGGCUUCAACACGCUGGCCUUUCCCAGCCUUCGCCGGAAAGACGUCCUGGAUGAGAAACAGCCCUGGGCCUACCUGCACUGCGGCCACGUGCACGGCUACCAUGGCUGGGGGGGGCGCCGCAACCCCGAGGUGGAGGCGGAGUGUCAGGAGAGAGAGUGCCCCAUGUGCCGGGCGCGGGGCCCUUAUGUGCCACUGUGGCUGGGUUGUGAGGCGGGCUUCUACGUGGACGCGGAGCCCCCCACCCACGCCUUCGUCCCCUGCGGCCACGUCUGCUCCGAGAAGACGGCAGUGUACUGGAGCCAGAUCCCGCUGCCGCACGGCACACACACCUUCCACGCCGCCUGCCCGUUCUGCAUCCAGCCACUGAGUGGAGAGUCCGGCUACAUCAGACUCAUCUUCCAAAGCCCGCUGGACUAGAAACCACUCAGAUUUCUUAUCUCAAGCCUUCACCAGCAGAAGAGCGGACAGAACAAUAUGCUUUGAGUUUUGGAAUUUCAUAACUUAAUUUUUUGUAACUUAAUUUAACUUAAUUUUGACCAAUAUAGAUACAUUUAUUGGAUUGAUUCCUGCCAUUUUUUGAGUAUCAGAUAUGAUCCCGGCAGCGUUGUCGUCCUCUGAAGUGGACACAGCUGCAUGAUGGUUGAGUUGCCUUAAACUUGUCAUUUAUUCCUUUACCUCUUCAGUAAUCAGUGCAGAAAUUAACAGCUGUAAUGUUUCUCAGAUUUUCCCAGCUGAUUACUGCCUCACUCUGCCUUAAAGAGCCAUUAACACUAAGCCUUGAUCAUCAGUUUGGUUUCAGUUCAGUUUCACUCACUGUGGUACAGUUUUUGUUUUUAAAGCUUUUUUUAUGGGAAACACAGAGUCUUUAAGCAGGAAAAUGUAAAAAAACCAAAAAUUCAGUUACCUUUCUCUGUGAAUGCUGUUGCCUCUUUGAUCACAGAAUAACUGUAUUUUAUGAUCUUAAAAUGAACUAUGUAUCAAAACAAAAAUGUAUUUCUAGGGAAACUUCUUAAGAUGCUGUCUGUGACUCGAAACACACGCAUCCCGAUUGAAUGUAGUUUUUUAAACUGAAUAAAAAUAUACAAGCACAAAUGACAAUAAACCAGUGUUGCUCAGGAGUUGCAUGGGGAACAAACACUGAAUAGAAUCUGUCCCGUUAGAUGAUGCAUGUUCUGCCAAAGUGCCCUUAAAGGAAUGCUUCACCCCAAGAUAAAGUUCUAGUCACUGCUCUGGAACAUGUGCAUUUCCAUAUACAGGUGAAAAUAUGUUUACAUGCAGUUUUUAAUACAAAAAUGCAAACUAUACAAUGAUUAAGAUAUAUACCAACACUAAAAUACAAACAUCAACACUUUAAUAUAAAACAAGAUAUCUCAACAACCCCUGUACAGACUAACAUACCGCACCAAGAAGAUUUCUGAUACUAGAGACCUUUCCUCUACCGCCGCCAUGAGGCUAAACCGCCCACUUGCACAUAAGAAAUAUCCAAAUUCAUUAC